CUUCAUUCAAGGAGUAUGAUGUGUUGAAAUUGUAAAAUAGGCUGUACAAGUUUGUAUCGAAAUUCAAAAUUAGGAUGAAUAUUGGGUUUAAAAGACCUACAAAGUAAACAUAUGGGGGUUUGAAUUGCAAAGGUGUAAGACUAGUGGGAGUACGGGCCUGAUUGGAUUGACUUAUUUGAGUUAACUAUUGACAUAAGUACUUGUGAGUCUGUUUGGGUGUUUGGGAGAGCUUAUGAAAACAGCUAUAAGCUGUAUAUAGAAAUGAUUUGACUUUAUUUUACCUUGUGUUAUAAAAAUGGUUUAUACAUAAGCGCUUAUGCAAUAAGCUAUUAAAUAAGCUGUUUAUCCAAACAGAGCCUUGAUGUUUUAGGGUAAACUUCUUGUACUGGUUAAUAUACUUAUCAUCACUGAAUUUAGAAGUGUCCGAUUGGUUUCAUCCUUUUUAUUAUUGUCAUGGCAUUAAAACUUUAGCUCUCUUUGGAUUUAAUUAUAGCGUUGUGAACCUGAAGAUUUUGAGUUCUAGUCCGGGCACGGUGUUGCAAGGUCAUGAUGAAGUUGAAUGUUAAACGUAUGAGUUGGAUGGGGAAUAUUUACCAGAAGUUUGAAGCAGUGUGCCAAGAGGUUGAUGAUAUUGUAGGCCAGGAUGCUGUUAAAUAUCUGGAGAAUCGGGUCCAGAAUGUUGGUGAUAGUGUGAAAAAGUUAUAUUCUGAAGUUGUACACGAGCUACUACCUUUUCCUACCUUGGCUAGUCCUACAAAAUAUGAAGCUCAUUACCCUGCUUUGAAAAAUAAUGUUAGCUCGUCAGUUAAGUCAGUUGGCAGUGUCGAAGGUAAAGAUAAAAAAGGGGUUGAGGAAAACCCGGUCAAUAAUUUUAUUGAAUCAUCACAGGAUUCUAAUGCAAUUGAUCAGCAAGCUGGUGCUCUAGGCAAACUGGAACUUGUAAAUCAAGUUAGUGGUGAAACUUGCUCAGAUUCCCUAGAGGUGGAAGAUUCUUUUAUGACUCAAGAAGAGGUUGGCGAUGACUCUAGAGAAACUUCUGGGGUUGAACAAGAAAGCUUGCAUGCGAGCAUUGAAGAGACUGCCAUCAAGUCCGCACCCGAGCUAAUGAAUUUAAUAUCUGUCAAGGAGAAAAAAGCCCUUGAGUUCUCAAUGCAUAGUCAAUCCUAUUUCAGUUCUUCUGAUAGAGCAUGUGGAGAAUCAGUGAGAAGGAAGGAUAUUAACAAAGUUAAUGCAGAACAAGACACAUGUUUGAUUAUUGAAGAAAAUAGUAUGAAUUCAUCUACUGCUGAAGUGUUGAAUUUCACUUCUGUUGGUGAGACAGAAUUAAUUAAAACCUCCUUAUUCAAUGAAUUAUCUGAUGUUGAUAAGGAUGAUACUGAUAUAGUAGCAGAAGUUUCACCUGCUGGAUCAUCUGUGUCGUGCGAAAGGACAGGAAGUUUCGUAGUUUCUGACUGUCCAUUUUCAGAAUCAAAUGUAUGUUGCGAGUCUCCCCAAGUAGCUGGUCAGGUCAAGGAAUCUCAUGAUGGAGUCAUUUCCAAUUGUCGAUGUCAAUCAAUGAAAUCAAAUGACGAAUCACACUCUAAACCAUGCUUCGAAGACAUUCAAUUGAAUAAUGAUACAAAACUUGAAGAAAGCAUGGAAGACAUUCAAUUGAAUAAUGAUACAAAGCUUGAGGAACGCCGUGUAUUUGUGGAUGAUAGUGAACUCCAUGCUGUGGUAUCCAGAAUCCAAAAGCGUAGAUCAUAUAAGAAAAGAAUCCAAGAUGCAUUUACUUCCAAGAAGAAGUUAGCAAAGGAGUAUGAACAACUAGCAAUAUGGUAUGGAGAUGCUGAUAUAGAGCCAAGUCCUCUCUUUCCAUUUAGCUCCAACACAUGCGUGAACUCAAAGAAUUUGCAAGCGCAGCAAGCUUCUGAAAUUGAGUGGGAGCUGCUGUAAAUCUAAUCAGGUGACAUGUAAAUAAGGAUCAAAUGUUAUGGCUCAUUUAUUUGCAGAUGUGGCAGUGGUUGCUGAAAAUUAUAUUGUUUAAAGUUUCCAUGAAGAACUGGCUAAUAAUGUAAAUAAAAUAUGUUGUCGGAAUUGUCGACGACACUUUGGUUGUUAGAAAAGAUUCCCUUAAAUUCUUUUAUCAAGUUAAGUUCUGCAAGUUUGCAACGUUUUCCCUUGUCUACAUUGAUAGUUAGUUCCAACUAUUUUCUGUAAUACAAUCCAAAAGGUGUUGGAAAAGAAAACAAAAUAGAUACAAUCCAACUACAUUGACAUUAAUGGAACAAUAUGGGGCAACUGGAGAAAAUUGUGUCAGUAGACACAAAGUAGAUAGUUUGCAAAUAGAUGGAAUUGUCUCAUUAGUGAUAUCACAGUUUCAUAAGGUAAUUGUCUCAUUUGACUUUUGAGGUGACUAUAAUGGAGAUUGUGGAUAUUAAUAUAUGUUUAUAUUCUUA